CUGUGGCCUCAUGUCGCGCAGCGGAGCCGGCCCUGAGCAACGCCAGCAGGCGUCAGAGGCGGACGCCGCGGCAGCACCCUUCCGGGCGAGCGGUAAUUGCAGCACGGCCAGGACUCGCUGGGACGCGAAUCCUAGCCCUCCCUUCCUUAGGAAGUUCUUGCUUCCACCCCAAGGUCCACCCCUCACCUCGAACAAGGCCGGCAGGACGAAGAGAGGCGCUGGUGUAGGGCCUGCAGGCCUCUUGGCGCUGGGAAGGUGCAAUCCUGGGCCUUCAGCUCCUGAGCAGGACGGGACCAAGAGGGUACCCCCGAGCUUGGGCCUGCUGGAUGAGUGGGUGCUGGUGUCAGCUCACCGCAUGAAGCGGCCCUGGCAGGGGCAAGUGGAGCCCCAGCUUCUGAAGACAGUGCCUCGCCAUGACCCCCUCAACCCUCUGUGUCCCGGGGCAACACGGGCAAAUGGAGAGGUGAAUCCCCACUACGAUGGCACCUUCCUGUUUGACAACGACUUCCCAGCUCUGCAGCCUGAUGCCCCCUAUCCAGGACCCAGUGAUCACCCCCUUUUCCAAGCAGAGGCUGCUAGAGGAGUUUGUAAGGUCAUGUGCUUCCACCCCUGGUCGGAUAUGACACUGCCACUCAUGUCGGUUCCUGAGAUCCGGACUGUCAUCGAUGCAUGGGCUUCGGUCACAGAAGAUCUGGGUGCCCAGUAUCCUUGGGUGCAGAUCUUUGAAAACAAAGGAACCAUGAUGGGCUGUUCCAACCCCCACCCCCACUGCCAGGUGUGGGCCAGCAGUUUCCUGCCAGAUAUUGCCCAGCGUGAGGAGCGAUCUCAGCGGGCCUAUCGGAGUCAGCAUGGAGAGCCCCUGCUAAUGGAGUAUGGCCGCCAGGAGCUACUCAGGAAGGAACGUCUGGUCCUAACCAGUGAUCACUGGUUAGUGCUGGUCCCCUUCUGGGCAGUGUGGCCCUUCCAGACAUUAUUGUUGCCCCGUCGACAUGUGCGGAGGCUGCCUGAACUGACCCCCACCGAGCGUGAUGAUCUAGCCUCCAUCAUGAAGAAGCUCUUGACCAAGUACGACAACCUAUUUGAGAUGUCCUUUCCCUACUCCAUGGGCUGGCAUGGGGCUCCCACAGGAUCAGAGGCUGGGGCCAACUGGGACCACUGGCAGCUGCACGCUCAUUACUACCCUCCACUCCUACGCUCUGCCACUGUCCGGAAAUUCAUGGUUGGCUAUGAAAUGCUUGCCCAGGCUCAGAGGGACCUCACCCCUGAGCAGAUGAGCAGCAGCUGCUCAGGGCUGAGCAGGGUCCUCGUGGCCGUGGCUACAGCCCUGGUGUCUGCCUCCUCCCCUUGCCUCCAGGUCUGGGGCCCCCCAGGGGUCCAGUAUGGGCAACCUGGCAGGUCCGUGAUGCUGUGUUGCCCCGGAGUGACUGCUGGGACCCCGGUGUUCUGGUUUCGGGACGGGGAGCCAAGGCUGCUCCAGGGACCCGACUCCAGGCUAGGGAACGAACUGGUCCUGGCCCAGGUAGACAGCACUGACGAGGGCACAUACACCUGCCGGACCCUGGAUGGUGCACUUGUGGGCACGGUGACCCUGCAGCUGGGCUACCCCCCAGCCCGCCCUGUUGUCUCCUGCCGAGCAGCUGACUAUGAGAACUUCUCCUGCACUUGGAGUUCCAGCCAGGUCAGCGGUUUACCCACCCGCUACCUCACCUCCUACAGGAAGAAGAUGGUGCCAGGAGCUGAUGGCCAGAGGAUGAGUCCAUCCACAGGGCCUUGGCCAUGUCCCCAGGACCCCCUAGGGACUGCCCGCUGUGUAGUCCAUGGGGCAGAGUUCUGGAGCCAGUACCGGAUUAAUGUGACUGAGGUGAACCCACUGGGUGCCAGCACACGCCUACUGGAUGUAAGCUUGCAGAGCAUCUUGCGUCCUGACCCACCCCAGGGGCUGAGGGUGGAGUCGGUAACCGGUUACCCCCGUCGCCUGCGUGCCAGCUGGACAUACCCUGCCUCCUGGCCCCGCCAGCCCCACUUCCUUCUCAAGUUCCGGCUGCAGUACCGCCCAGCGCAGCAUCCUGCCUGGUCCACGGUAGAGCCAGCUGGAUUGGAGGAGGUGAUCACCGAUGCCGUGGCUGGGCUGCCCCAUGCUGUGCGAGUUAGUGCCCGGGACUUUCUGGAUGCUGGCACCUGGAGCGCCUGGAGCCCUGAGGCCUGGGGAACUCCGAGCACUGCAGGGCCCCUACUGAAGGACAUACCAGCUGUGGGCCAGUUACACACGCAGCUGGAGGCAGAGCCUCAGGCGGACAGCCCCACUCCUCCAAGGCCCUCCCUCCAGCCAGACCCGCAACCACUUGAUCACAGGGACCCCCUGGAGCAGGUGGCUGUACUGGCAUCUUUGGGAAUCUUCUCUUUCCUGGGACUGGUGGCUGGAGCCCUGGCACUGGGGCUCUGGGAGACAGCUGCCUUUUUAUGCCCCAGGCUGAGGCUGAGACGGGGCGGGAAGGAUGGACCCCAAAAGUCUGGGUUCUUGGCUCCAAUGAUUCCAGUGGACAAGCUUCCAGGAACUCCAAACUUGUAGAGUACCCAGAGGACCCUGAUUCCACCUAUAACUCUGUCUUGCUGGUGUAGAUGAUGGACAGAUAGUACCCAGGCAGGACAGUAGAUCCCUAUGGAUGGGAGUCUAAGCUGGAAGUUCUGUUUGGAGCACAUUUUUGUGAGACCCUGCAUUCCAAACUUGCCAGCUGAAAGGUGCCUGGAUCUCUGAUCUCAUCCUGGAGCUGGAGGUCUGCCUGAAGAACGUAUAUAGAUGUGUAUGUCUGUGGCCAUGUGUGACCAUGUGUAUAUGAGGUAGGAAACAUGUUGUCUGUAUGUAUGUAUGUAUGUAUGUAUAUAGGUGCCUGGGGAGUGUGUGUGUGGGAGUCCUUGGCUCUUGGCCUUGCCUUUGUGGGGCUUGUGGAGGUGCAAAUAAAGAGAAUGAGGAAAUUAU